AUGGAUAACGCCGUGGCGCCAAGGCUUCAAUACGUGCGUAAAAGGGGUAGAAAUGCUUUGAAUGUCUAUAUAAAAAUGAUUUCGGCUGCUAUUUUGGAUUCUCCAGAGAGAAAAUUGAUGCUGGGAGAAAUAUAUGACUAUAUUGAAGCACAUUUCUCCCACCAGCUAUCGGAAAUUUCAAAGAAUAAGACGAAAAAAAAGCAAUCUCCAAAAAGGGGUGGAAAUAAGGCCAGACCUCUUCCAUGGAAAAAUAGCAUUCGUCACAAUUUGUCGUCCAAUAAAUGCUUCAUCAAAAGUGGAAGAGCUGAAUACGGCAAAUGCAAUUUUUGGUCCAUUCAUCCGGACUGCGUAGACGAUUUCAUGAAAGGAGAUUUCAAGCAAAGAAAGCCGAUCAAACGGAUAAGA